AUGCUAGCAGAGUACUUUGCCAGAUCGGGGGCCUUAAUGCUAGCAGAGUACUUUGCCAGAUCGGGGGGCUUUAUGCUAGCAGAGUACUUUGCCAGAUCGGGGGGCUUUCUGCUAGCAAAUUACUUUGCCAGAUUGGGGGGCAUUAUGCUAGCAGACUACUUUGCCAGAUCGGGGGGCUUUAUGCUAGCACAGUACUUUGCCAGAUUGGGGGGCUUUAUGCUAGCAGUGUACUUUGCCAGAUCGGGGGCCUUUGUUCUAGCAGAGUACUUUGCCAGAUCGGGGGCCUUUAUGCUAGCAGAGUACUUUGCCAGAUGGGGGGGCUGUAUGCUAGCAGAGUACUUUGCCAGAUCGGGGGCCUUUAUGCGAGCAGAGUACUUUGCCAGAUCGGGGGGCUUUAUGCUAGCAGAGUACUUCGCCAGAUCGGGGGGGCUUUAUGCUAGCAGAGUACUUUGCCAGAUCGGGGGGCUUUAUGCUAGCAGAGUACUUUGCCAGAUCGGGGGGCUUUAUGCUAGCAGAGUACUUUGCCAGAUCGGGGGGCUUUAUGCUAUAGCAGAGUACUUUGCCAGAUCGGGGGGCUGUAUGCUAGCAGAGUACUUUGCCAGAUCGCGGGGCUUUGUGCUAGCAGAGUACUUUUUUUGCCAGAUUGGGGGGCUUUAUGCUAGCAGAGUACUUUGCCAGAUGGAGAAGGCGUUGUGCUAG